GCGUCCACUGCAGCAGCUGCAGCACCAGCGUUAAUUAAAAAGAAACCCUUAUUUAUUCGCUGAGAAAGAAACAUGUCUUUUAUUACUCCAAAGAGGCCGUGCUCCGAGUCAGUGGACGACUCGAUGAACGAUUCGAUGGAGAAGCGGAUACGGCGGAUAUCUGUGGAGGGAAACAUCGCGGCGGGCAAGUCUACGUUUGUCCGCCUUUUGGAGCAGGAGAGCGCGGACUGGGAGGUGGUACCCGAGCCAAUCGCCAGAUGGUGCAAUGUCCAAACAAAAGGCAGCGACUUUGAGGAGCUGACCACCUCUCAGAGGAGUGGAGGGAACGUCCUGCAGAUGAUGUACGAGAAACCGGAGAGGUGGUCGUACACUUUUCAGAGCUACGCCUGUAUCAGCCGGGUGCGUGCUCAGAUCAGGUCGGCCAAUGGGAAACUCCGAGAGGCAGAGAAUCCUGUGCAGUUCUUUGAGCGCUCCAUCUACAGCGACAGGUACAUCUUUGCAGCCAACCUGUAUGAGAGCGAGUGUCUGAAUGAGACCGAAUGGUCGAUCUACCAGGACUGGCACGGCUGGCUGCACAGCCAGUUUGGCAAGCACAUCGAGUUGGACGGUAUCAUCUACCUCAGAGCUCCCCCUGAGAAAUGUUUAGAGCGGUUGCACCUGAGGGGCCGAGAAGAAGAGCAAGACAUUCCUCUGGAGUAUCUGGAAAAACUCCACUUCAAGCACGAGAGUUGGCUGCAGCACAAGACCAUGAACAUGGAGUUUGAGUAUCUUACUGAUGUGCCGGUGCUCACCAUAGAUGUCAAUGAAGACUUUAAAGGGAAUAAAAUUAAGAAUGCUGACAUGAUUGAGAAGGUGAAAGAGUUCUUGAGCACAUUGUGAAGAUCACUGUGAUGGAAAUCUGUGCUCUAAUGAAGAAAAGGUGGACUGAGUUUCACUUUUAAGGAUGAAAUGCCUCUUUUCCAUUUUUUCUAAAAAAGUACAAUCAUCAUUCAUGGACUAACCUGCAGUAUUUUUAAAAAUUUUAUUGGUGUAUGUGGUGUAUUUAUAAUUUUGUAUGUAAAUUUCAAUGCAUUUCUAUUGGUCCGAACAAAAUGACAAUAAACUUGAAAUACUUGUUUAA